AUGGAUGGAGAGAGCACAGAGUGGAAAUCCAGAGAGGAAAAUCAGAUUUGUGGCAUCAUUACGGAUGAAUACAAGGAAAAGUGGAGGGAACACCAAGAAAAGUGGAUGGAACUCCAGGAAAAGCGGAAAGAAAAUCAGGAAAACCAAGAAAAGUGGGAAGAACACCACAAAGAGUGGAGGGAACACCAGGAAAAGUGGAGGGAACACCAGGAAAAGUGGAAUUUCUCCAAGAAAGGUGGAGGGAACACCAGGAAAACUGAACACCAGGAAGAGUGGGAUGAAUACAAGGAAAAGUGGGAAGAACACCAAGAAAAGUGGAUGGAACUCCAGGAAAAGUGGAAUUAACACCAAGAAAAGUGGGAAGAACACGAGGAAGAGUUCAGGGAACACCAGGAAAAGUGGAGUGAACACCAGGAAAAGUGGGAAGAACACCAGGAAAAGUGGAGGGAAUCCCAGGAAAAGUGGAGUGAACAUCAGGAAAAAUGGAAAUUACACCAGGAAGAGUGGAAAUUACACCAGGAAA